CCUUAUCUUCUUCAUCUCCCCAUUCUCUCGCCGUCCUGUCAUUACCAUUCCUCCCCUCUCCAAUCGAUCAUUUACACGUCUCUAUCCUUUCAACCUUGUCGAUAUUCCGCCGUCUCUCUCCUCUUCAUCGACUUCGCCGCCGUACACACCAUUAGAUCCAAAUUCACCCUCCCAACCCCUCUCUCCAGAAUCAAACGCUCAUUAAUCGCUGCCGGAAAGUUCUCAUCCAAACACUCAAAAUAAAUCCUAAACCACUCCAAACACUUCCUCCAACCCUCACACGAAAUUCUUGCCGACGUCCACAUUCGCCUCCUUCAUCACAAUCCUCGGCCGCAACUGCUUAAAGCUCGAUGUAGAUCUUCACGUAUGACACCCAGAUAACGAGAUUCUCCAAUCAUGGUUGUAUUCAAUAUAUGAUGCGCUCAGGGGACGUCUCCUUCUGAUGCAUAUUCAACAAUUCGUGUCUUCUUCCAGUUCUUCCAAUGAUGAUGAAUUAUGUAUUUUGACUGGCUUGAAUUUGUAUUUUGACUAGGUUUGGUUGAGAUCUCUGAUUGGUUGUCAAGCUAGUCCGACAACUUUUUUUACAUGUAUCCCAUUGUAUAAGGAAACUUGAUUAUUGAGAUGACUUACUUUUUAGGUUAUGCAUACGAAUCUAAUCAAAUGUUUCUAUCUUCAUGCAGACCGUAUAAAAGUAAUGAAUUCUUUUCCAAAAAUAGAAAGAAAAAUAAAAGAGAUUGAUUGAAAAAAUGUAAAUUCAAUUUUUUUUAAGUGUCCAUGGAAGUUAGAGAAAAAAAUAAUGAUGUUAAAAAAUAAAUGAGAAAAUGAGUAGCAUUAGAGAAAAAAUAAAUAUGGCGUCUUUAAUAAAUGAAAAUUAUCAAACUCAUUUGGUUGAUACAUAUAUAUCUCGGAUAUUGCUGGCUCAAUAUUUACACAUGUUUUUGUCCGCCAUUCUUGUACUAUUUAAGGCUCGGAUCUAGGGUUUUUAACUGAUUUUACGCUAAGUUGUUCUUGUUUAUGACAUUUCAGGUCCUAAUGCCUGAAUGAAGGUUUGAGCACGAGUAUGGGGUCGAUUGGGCGAAAUCGGGACGAGCGAGGGAGAUCAGACAAGUUGCACGGCCAGGACGGGAAAGCGCACGACCGUGCAUGGUUGCCUUUUUGGCCGUGUGGGAUUUACCGAGAAGCUGCACGGCCUGAACCUGUUUCGCGCUCGGCAGUGCGAAAUAAAUUGGUGGCCGUGAUGAUUUCUGCGAGAGAGCUGCACGGCCAGGCUCUCAGAUUGCACGGGCCGUGCAAUGGCUCUGCACUCCCCUGGCGGAAUUAAUUGAAACGACGCGUUUUGGGAUGCACGGGCAGACUAGGAGGCUGCACGGUUGUGCGGUCUGGCCGUGCAAUCGCGGGCAGCUGCUUCUUAACCCAAUUUCGGGUUUUGGUGAAAGAUAUACGACUUUUUGAGCAAAAACAGAAUUCUAGAGAGAGAAAGUGCGAAGAACAAACCAUAUGAGCUAAU